AUGAUAAAUACAGGAGAGUUAUGUGUACCAUGUCCAUUGGAUUUGUAUGGUGUACGAGACAAGUAUGCCUGCCCCACAGUACCAAUGUAUACAACAUGUGCUUUAUUAUACCAAACGUACCAGACAAACAAUGGUCUAGGCACUCCUACUCAGCCACUCUACAGUACAGGUAUACCUCUCACUCCACAAACCAUUCCCGGGACCAACUUCCUCCCGAAUCCACUCAGCUUCCCGACAGGUGUAUUCCCACGCCUUCACAAACCAUACAAAUAUCUCAAAGCCAUGAAACGUAAACACGAUGGGAAUUACGGAAACGCCAAUGCCUCAGCGCCUCCUGGGUUGCUACAGCCACUGUAUUGUAAGGUCUGCUGUGUUAAUCUGAAUGCUCCAUCACAAGCCAAGCAGCACUAUGAAGGCAAGGCCCAUUCUAAGAAACUAAAGCAGUACCUCAGCAAAGAGGCAACAGAAAACAGCCCCAGUCAAAGCCCAAAUGGCGGAUCCACUGGAAGUGAACCUGUCUCUCCAAAUGACAAAUCUACUGAUAGUGCUUCUGUAUCACCUUCAAAGUCCACCACAGAUAUAAAACCUGAUGUAUAUUGCAAAGUGUGUGGCGUCUCAUUCAAUUCAGAGAAGCAGUCCUUGCAGCAUUAUAAUGGAAAAAGUCAUGUAAAAAGGUUGCGUGCUACCCAUACGGCCACCAAUCCAGUGACCAGUGAGAGUGCAGUAUCAACAAAACAAUCCAGCAAGUUCAUAUGUUUUGUCUGUAAUAUAGACCUGACAUCUCAAGGUCAACUUGACAACCAUCUAAAAGGCAUGAAGCACCUAGCAACCAUGCAAAAACAGGAAAGAUCACAAACGACCUUGAAAGGUCGGUGGGGAACCAAUGGCAGCACCCUGACUGUAGGAGCUGUAGCAAGUCUCCCAAUGGGAAUACGUCAAGCAACAAAUGGAUUCAGUAAUUUUGAACCACCUCCCACGAAACGACCAAGAUACAGAGACUUUUCAAACUACCGCACACCAAGCGGGAACUAUUAUUGUUCAUACUGCAAUGUUACUAUGGCAACAGAACCUCAGUUUGGCCAACAUAUCGAAAGUAAAAAACACAAAGCGACAUAUUCCCAGAAAAAAACUCUAGAGCAGUGUGAAUCCCCUGUAGAAUCUGUAGCGUGAUGUCAUAAGACUCUAGUGAUAUGACAUAAUAAUACUAUUGUGCCACGUGAUAUGACAUCUGAUGAUGUCACAAUACUACCCAGAGACACAGUGUGUUGAUAUGACAGAACGUGCCUAUAUGUGAACAAUGAUGUCAUGAAUCUAUAUUUAUUGACAUCAGUGCCUGUUAAAGAUAAGAACAUGUCGUAUUGAAUAAGAACAUGUCAUAUUGAAUAAGAACAUGUCAUAUUAACAUGUCACAUAUUGAAGAUCAAGAAAAGUAACAUAUUAUUAUGGAAAUGGUGCAAUUAAUGGGAUAAAACCUAAAAUAUAAAUGUGAUCUUAUUGGUCUCAAGUAUCAUUCUAACUACAGCAUGUGUACUAUUAAAAUAACCUCCCAGUCUCAGUUGGGGCAAAAGUCCAUAAUAGCAAAAAAAAUCAGAUGCAAAAUUGAAAGGUGCAAGUAAUUUGAGAAUUGGUGAUGUCAUUCAUAUUGAAUAUAUGACAAAUAACAUGUCUAGAUGUCAUUCAUAGCAAAUAUUUGACAAAUAACAUGUCUAGAUGUUAUUAGGCCUACGAUACUGUAAAUGUAUGCUUCAUAUAUUUUUAUGCUUUAACUGUUUUGUGAUGUCUGAUAAACCAUGUUUAAGCAACAUUAUUAUGUUUUGUUAUAAGCAUCUUGUUUUGUGUAUGUAACUAGUAAGUGUGUGUAAUAUAACCAUAACCAGGCUGUACAAUACCCAGUGAUGUUUCAUGCUUUUUCAUGCAUUUUUCAUGCAUUUUUUCAUGGAAUUACUUAUGUUUGGUUUAAUUUUGUACAACAUAUAAACGUGUGAGCCCUGUGUAGUAUUGUAGUAUUUAUGGAAAGAAAUAUGAAAAUAGCUAACUGUGUAUGUUUAUAGUGUUUAGUCUGACAAAAUAUAUUUAAUGAUUAACUGCCCUAGUAUUGUGUAGUAUUAAUUCUGAAGAAAUAUUUAAAUAACUAGCUCUGUCAGAUUAUAUUAAAGAACUGUAAUAUAUUUUCUGAAAAAAUAUUUACAGAGGUUUAGAUACUGAUCAGUUAGAAUAGAGAAUUAUACAUGGUGUCCCAAGGGUAUGAAUGAAAUGGCAGCACCAGUCCUGGUAAUUUUGGGACACCCUGUAUUGUAUGCAUGGUUUGUUGAAUACUCAGUCAGUCCAGUACUUUAAGAAUAAUAUGUACAUCAUCAUUAUAUUUGUUACUAAUCUAGUGCAAAACUAAAAAGAAAAGUACGCCAUAUAUAUUUUCAUGGGUAUAAAGCAGACCUCAUGAUACCAUGAUUUUUCUUGGUAGUUACGGAAUCUUUAGCCAAUGGGCUCUGGGUACCCAUGAAUUCUGCAGUAUGAUCAGUUCAGCACAGAGUCUAAAAGGCUGGCAAUAUGAUGAGAUCUGCUUGGUACCUGUGUAUUUUAGUAAUUUCAUGUACAAUCUAGUGUUAGAUUUUGAU